AUGGACGCAAUAAACGUAUUUGUAGUGAAUGGCGCAGAUACUUUUGGUUUGCUUGUUCCGUAUGGUUGCAAUUACGCGGGACUUGUCGAUAUGAUUGCGAAUGAGCUGAAGGUUGAUAUGCGACGAUCAUGUAUCAAUAUUGAGUAUUCUGCAGAUGUGGAAAUGUCCCCAAUCAGAAUAAAAAAUGACAGUUCCCUGCAAUUUUACUUGGAGCUGAAGCGUAAGGAUCCACGUAUCACGGCAUAUGCAUUACGUAUCAACUUGAUCGAUAUCUUACAACCGACAGACUAUGUGCCUGUACUGAGAAGUGUGGAACAGAUUCAAUUUCAAUCAGCUAACAUCAAUGGUUCACAUCUUCCCACUGCUAAUUUGACAAUAAGAAAUGAAGAAACACCUAAUUUCAUAUCUGGCAUUGAAGUUUUGGCGCUGGAGAUUGAAGAUGACAUAUAUGAAGAAAUUAAUGCUGUAGCGACGUGGCCUGACGAAAUGGCGUCAAGAUUUUGGACCCAGGGUGAUAGUGACACUGAAGAGGAGGAGGAGGAGAGUGAUUAUGAGCCAGAAGACAGUGAACCAGUGGAAACAACUGCAACAACCGGAAGCAGAUAUCUCCAGGGUAAUGCCAGCGAUAGUGAUGACUCAGAUGGGCAGAAGCGCAUUGUCCGAUCUGCCAAGGACAAGCGUUUUGAGGAGUUGUCUGCCACAGUCGAUCAGAUGAAAAAUGCUAUGAAGAUCAAUGACUGGGUCAGCUUGCAAGAGACCUUUGACAAGAUCAAUAAGCAACUGGAGAAGGUCAUGAGAGUUACAGAGUCAGAUAGAGCUCCUAAUCUUUAUAUUAAGGCUCUUGUGAUGUUGGAGGAUUUCUUGAAUCAGGCCUUGGCCAAUAAAGAGGCAAAGAAGAAGAUGAGUAGUAGUAAUGCGAAGGCCUUGAAUUCAAUGAAGCAGAAGUUGAAGAAGAACAACAAGCAGUAUGAAGAUUUAAUUAACAAGUACAGGGAGAAGCCAGAUCUUUUUGAGGAAAAAAAUGAGGGUGAAGAAGAGGAUGAGGAUGACGAAGAUUCUGAGUUCGAUGAGGAUCCAUCUGAGCUUACAAGGGUGGGUUCUGAUGAGGAGGAUGUGGAUGAAGAUGAAGUGGACAAAGAGUCAUCUGAAACUGGACUUGGUUGGGAGAAGAUGUUGAGCAAGAAAGAUAAACUGAUGGAUAAGCAGUUCAAGGAUCCAAGCCAAAUCACGUGGGAGACUGUCAACAAGAAGUUCAAGGAGAUUGUUGCUGCUAGAGGUAGGAAGGGGACUGGAAGAAUUGAAUUGGUUGAGCAGCUCACGUUCUUAACACGAGUUGCUAAGACUCCUGCUCAGAAGCUUGAGAUCCUUUUCAGUGUGGUCUCUGCACAGUUUGAUGUUAAUCCGAGUCUCAUUGGGCACAUGCCAAUCAGUGUGUGGAAAAAGUGUGUGCAUAAUAUGCUUGCCAUUCUUGAUAUUUUGACCCAAUACCCAAAUAUUGUGGUUGAUGACACAGUGGAGCCUGAUGAGAAUGAGACCCAAAAAGGAACAGACUUCAUUGGAACAAUUAGGAUUUGGGGAAAUCUGGUAGCAUUUCUUGAAAGGAUAGAUGUGGAAUUUUUUAAGAGUCUUCAGGUUAUUGAUCCACACACCCGUGAAUAUGUUGAGAGACUUAGGGAUGAGCCAAUGUUCCUAGUUCUUGCUCAGAAUGUCCAGGAAUAUCUGGAACGCGUUGGGGACAAUAAGGGUGCUGCGAAGGUUGCCCUUAAACACGUCGAGCUCAUUUAUUAUAAGCCACAGGAGGUAUAUGAUGCUAUGAGAAAGUUGGCUGAUUUAUCGGAUGACACAGGAGAAACAGAGUCCGUAGAGGAACCUAAAGCUACUGAUGAAAGUGGGAGACCACCUGCAUUUGUUGCAACUCCUGAGCUGGUACCUCGUAAACCUACCUUUCCAGAUGAUAGCAGGACCUUGAUGGACAUCCUUGUCUCUCUCAUAUACAAGUAUGGAGAUGAGCGUACUAAGGCUCGUGCAAUGCUUUGUGAUAUUUACCACCGUGCUAUCUUGGACAAAUUUUCAACAGCCCGUGACUUGUUGCUCAUGAGUCAUCUGCAGGAUAAUGUUCAACACAUGGAUAUUUCAACCCAAAUACUUUUCAACAGAGCUAUGGCACAGCUUGGACUCUGUGCAUUCAGGGUGGGACUUAUGGUCGAGGGCCACAGUUGCCUCUCAGAACUGUAUUCUGCUGGCAGGGUGAAGGAAUUACUUGCUCAAGGUUUCGCACAAAGUCGAUAUCAUGAGAAGACACCUGAACAGGAACGGCUGGAAAGGAGGAGGCAGAUGCCAUACCACAUGCAUAUAAAUCUUGAGCUUCUUGAGGCUGUCCAUUUGAUUUGUGCUAUGUUGCUUGAGGUCCCAAACAUAGCAGCCAGUGGCCAUGAUGCCAAACGUAUGGUCAUAAGCAAGACUUUCAGGAGGUUGCUUGAUGUGAGUGAGAGGCAAACAUUCACUGGUCCUCCUGAAAACGUUAGGGACCAUGUAAUGGCUGCCACAAGGGCUCUUAGGCAUGGGGAUUUCGAGAAGGCAUAUGAUGUAAUCAAAUCGCUUGACGUUUGGAGGCUUCUUCGAAACAAAGAUAAUAUCCUUGAGAUGCUAAGGGCCAAAAUGAAGGAAGAGGCUUUAAGGACCUACCUGUUUACAUAUUCAUCCUCUUAUAAUUCUCUGAGCCUGGAUCACCUAGCCCAGAUGUUUGAUCUUUCCAAUGCAAAGGCUCGUAGCAUUGUAAGCAAAAUGAUGAUCAACGAUGAGCUUCAUGCAAGUUUGGAUCAGCCAACCCAGUGUUUGGUGUUCCAUGAUGUUGGACACACAAGAUUGCAAGCUCUGGCAUUCCAUUUGACAGAGAAACUUGCCAUCCUUGCAGAAACUAAUGAGCGAGCUAUUGAGGCACGCAUUGGUGGAGGAUUGGACAGUCUCCCUCACAGGCGCAAGGAUGGACAAGAUUAUGCUGCAGUAGCUGCUUCUGGUGGUGGUGGUGGUAGGUGGCACGACUUCUCUUUCUCACAAAAUAGGCAAGGCAGCAGUAGUGGUCGAACGGGAUAUAAUAUCGGAGGUGGCAGAGGUCAACAUAGAGACCGGACUGAUCAGUUGAGAUCUGGUGGCUACCAGAAUUCACGAUAUCAUGAUGGGAUGGGGCGACCUGGUUCACGGGGAAAUCAGAUGGAUUCAUCAACCCGGAUGGUUAACCUCCACCGGGCAGGUCGUGCUUAG